AAAAAGAAAAGCUUAUGCAGCCCGGGGGAAGGCGAUAACAAUACAGCCUCGUCGAAGGCCAAAAUAAAUAAAUAAAUAAAAAAUAAAAAUCAUGACUUGAUGAGUACGCCAGUAGACUUUUGAUUGGUUGUCUUAUUGCUUGCUUGUCCUUCUCCUCUAUAUAUGGAGCACGCAGUAGAAGGGCAAAUGCCUCGGAUAACUUUGAAGUUACUAAUCUCGACUAUUUCACAUCGCCUGGAGGAAAGAUGAUCAUGCGAGACCUCUUAAUGCACUUGAGCUCCGCGGUCGGGGGUCUGAUGAUAAUCGUGACCCUCUUCCGAGACCAUUUCCCCCCUCAUCUUCGUGACCUUCUCGAGAAAUACACCAGCAAACUCGUUAGAUUGUUGUAUCCCUACAUCCAGAUCACUUUCCCCGAGUACACCGGGGAGCGGCUCAAGAAGAGCGACGUCUACACCGCCAUCCAGAACUACCUGACCGAGAAGGCAACCACGGGAGCUAAGAAGCUUAAGGCCGAUACCCUCAAAGACAGCCAAUCCUUAAUCCUAAGUAUGGACGACAACGAGGAGGUCACAGACGAGUUCCAAGGCGCCAAGCUCUGGUGGUUCUCCAACAAGAUAGUUCCCAAGAGCAUGUCCAUGUCGUUCUAUCCCGCAACGGAAGAGAGGAGGUUCUACAGGCUCGUGUUCCAUAAGCACCACCGGGACUUGAUCACAGGUACGUAUAUCAAGCACGUCAUGAACGAGGGAAAGGCAAUUGCCCUGAAGAAUCGGCAGAGGAAGCUCUUCACCAACAACCCAAGCAACAACUGGUAUGGUUACAAGUCGACCAAGUGGAGCCAUGUGGUUUUCGAGCACCCCGCGACGUUCGAUACCCUGGCAAUGGAGCCGAAGAAGAAGCAGGAGAUCAUGAGCGACCUCAAGAAGUUCAGUGAAGGGAAGGAGUACUACAAGAAGAUUGGGAAGGCCUGGAAACGAGGGUACCUCCUCUAUGGCCCACCUGGGACAGGCAAGUCCACAAUGAUCGCUGCCAUGGCGAAUUUCAUGAAUUACGACGUGUAUGAUUUGGAGCUGACGACAGUGAAGGACAACUCGGAGUUGAGGAAGCUGCUGAUUGAUACUUCGACCAAGUCCAUAAUUGUGAUCGAGGACAUUGACUGCUCACUCGACCUCACAGGACAGAGGAAGAAGGCAAAGAAGAAGAAAGAGGAUGACGAGGAUGAGGAAGGUAAGGGCGAUCCUGCUAAAAAGAUGAAGGAGGAAGAGGAGACCAAAGCGAGCAAGGUCACUCUAUCGGGUCUUUUGAACUUCAUCGAUGGGAUCUGGUCAGGCUGUGGGGGGGAGAGGAUCAUUAUCUUCACAACUAAUUUCAUCGAUAAGCUUGACCCGGCACUUAUCAGGAGAGGUAGGAUGGACAAGCACAUCGAGAUGUCCUACUGCUGCUUCGAAGCUUUCAAGGUGCUCGCGAACAACUACUUGGAUGUGGAGUCUCAUCCUCUGUUCGGGAUGAUAGAGGCGAAGAUGAAGGAGACAAACAUGACUCCGGCUGAUGUGGCGGAGAACUUGAUGCCCAAGUCGAGCACAGAAACUCGAGAGACUUGCUUGAGGAGCUUGAUCAAAGCUCUCGAGGAGGCGAAGGAGGAAGCAGCGAAGAAGAUGGCCGAGGAGGAAGAGGAAGCGAAGGAAUCGGAGGCUAAAGAUGCUGCAAAUUCGAUCGAGGAAGCCAAGGAAAAUGGGGUGGUAGCAAAUGGGAAAUUGGAAGAAGAGAAAUUAAAUGUGUAAGAGAACAGUGUCACAAACUAAACAGAAGUAAUAGUUGUUAUGAAUAAUUGCGUUAGAUAUUCAUAAAAUAAAAUAAAAUAAUAAUAAUAAUAAUAAUAAUAAUAAUAAUAAUAAUAAAAAGAAUAAUUGCGUUAGAUUGGGGAAGGACAUUAAUGGAGAAACAUUGUGUUAGUGGAUUUGGUUGCUGUCUGUUUGAUUCCUAUGAUGAACUUUGUAUGGAGCAAAUUUCAUUGUCUUCCUUUGACAUGUCAUAGAAAGUUUCAAUUCCAUGAA